GCAUUUUGUUUAUUUAAAAAAAUACUUUUCUUUCACUUUUUUUUUAUUAAUUUGUUCACUUAUUUAACCGUUAAAUUCGCUUAGUAUUUUUUACUACUGAGUUUACACAAAGAAUCGACCUUAAUUUUUAUUAUUUUUUCCCUUAAAAUAUGAACACCUUUGUCUCGAUUAUCCCUCCGCUCAGCGAAGCGCGAGGAACACGCUUCUUCAGUCUUCGGUUUAUUUUUGAACGGUUUUCGGUUAGUCAGUCGUUUAAAUUGGUGAAGGUCAACUUUCACGGACUAGGCCUCUGGUGUUUGACAGACAGCAUCAUGACAGGGGUUCAGCCAAUGCCUUGUCCUGUGCUUCUGGGAACGGUGAAAGGUGGUGGUUUACCAUCCCUCCUGCAUAGUUACACAACUGAGAAAAAAGUAGCAAAGAUGGAGAAAAUCCUCAAGAAAGGUGUGAAUGUUGACUGCAUGAACCAUCUCGGACAGACGCCACUCUUUUGCGCAUGUCUGCUUGGCUUUGCUAACAUAGCAGAGAAGCUUCUGGAGUAUGGAGCAAAUCCAAAUCACCGGUGUAUUGACCUGAGUACCCCCGUACAUUCUGCGGUUUUCUCCUGUAAUCCCCGGCUGCUGAGUUCACUUUUGGAUGCUGGUGGGGACCUGCGUCUCCAUGACGAUCAUGGCCGGACACCAAGAGACUGGGCAGAGGCAGGCGCUCAAGAGAACAGCCCGAGGAUGCUUGAAUUCCUGAAGAGGUGUGAGUCUCAAAUGCAGAGCAUGUUGCAGACACAUUUACCCAGAGAUGUCCGGGGCUCCCCUGCAUCCUCAAAGACUCUGCUGAGCUCGGUGUCCCCGGUCAAACUUUUACGACCUUGGGGCUCUGAAAACAAAAUCGAUGCAAAGUCAUUUGCAUGUGAUAUGGUAAUGCAAUGUUUUGGCUAUGGAAAGUUAUGUGUUGAGAAGCAGGUGCUGAGUCUGGGAUUGGCUGCUUCUGUGCCCCUGAUAAGUGAUGGCGACUUGGGUCAAACUGAGGAUGAGCCCUUUAAUUCUUAUAUGUGUGGAUCUUUUAUAAGUAUGACCAAUUACAGUUGGAAAGGAUGUCGUGUCACUGUUAAAGAGCUACAUGAUCACAUUUUGCAAGAGCGUGAUGGACAAAAUGGUAUCAUGGAUCUACUCAUUACCGAGCAGGAAUACUGCUGUCAGUUGUCUCACCCUCAUCUGCUGCUGCUGAUGGCAGUGAGUAUGUCCACUGACCUGAACCACACCAGGCUGGUCUAUGAGAGAGUAAAUGUGGGCUCCCUGUUCAGUCUACUGCACCAGAGGAGGGAGGAGUUUCCCCUCCUGCAGGUCAUUGACCUGUUAUCAGUGGUACUCCAGGUGUGUGAGGUGUUAAUGUACCUGCAUGGACGAACUCUUGUGCUUCGGGCCCUUUCCUCACACACCAUUGUCAUAGUGCACCCUGGAGUUGCUAAGGUUACUGGACUCGGAUUUAUGGUGCCCAGCGAGGGAUCUUGUGUUUAUACUCCGCCUCCUGUUCCUCUGCCACUCAGCCUGGUAAACUGGGCAGCUGCAGAAGUGAUCAAGUGUAAAGCGUGCACGGGAAAAGCUGAUAUCUAUAGUCUUUGUGCCCUUAUACAGGAGAUAUAUACAGAUGCACUGCCAUGGGGUUCCACAGACACGCAUUGCAUAAAAAAGGCAGUGGAGCUUGGACAGGCUCUGAUCGCACACCCUGCUGUGCCUCAGCCUUAUUAUCAGUACCUGGAGAUAGGCCUCGAAUGUAGAGCACAGGACAGGACCAACACCCUACAGGAUCUAUGUUACAUGCUUCGCUGUGACAUCAGAGAGUUCAGAAGCAAAAGCAAGAGGAAAAAUGGAUGGUACUCGUGGUCUGCCUUUGAGAGCAUCCCCGAAUGGACUGCUAAUGUCAAUUACAUGAGAGAACGUGACAAACCAGUAUAUCAAGUGUCCCAGGAGAACCUGUGUUGUGUGGAAAGAGGAACAAAAGACAGAGUAUCUCACCACGUUUCCAGACGAAUCAUCAAAGAAGAAGAGGAUUCCACCACAGACACUGAUGACCUCCACUGGGACGUCUCACAUCGCGAUGUCGCUCAUUUGCAUGAACGCCCAAUGCACCAUGAUGCUUCACUCUCUGAGCCAGCUUGUUACAACUGUAACGAUACAGAAACGGAUCUGUCAGUCAGUCGCUCCAUCUCACACCAUAUAAGCUCCAUUGUUCUUAACCUUAAAGUGUCUCAGGUGCUCAUGCAGCAGGCUGAGAGGAGUUUGGAUAAUGCAGAGGCUGCCAAGGUGAAUGUCCCGUGCUUCGACGAGGUGGAUGCUGGGAAAUUUGAGGGUGUGGUGGGGAGGCUCAACAAUGAAAAUGAAAGCAGUUAUGGUGCUGGUAAGGCAUUAGGACCCCCAUCCAGAAAUUAUAUACCCAAAUGGCCCAUCGAUGAAGAUGUGGAGGAAACUCAUUACAGCUCGGCUCAAGAAGACAUCUUUGACAGCGAGAGCUAUCCGAGGAGUCUCCAGGAGGAAUAUUAUGACUUGAUAGUGGACAGAACAAAGAGCUUACAGCAGCAGACAGGAUAUCAGAAGUCUGACAGGUUUUACAUGCAGCUUGAGCCCCAGAGAGGAAAAUACCAAGCAAAGUCUACAUGGACCAGUGAGGUUAGUGAAGUUGUGGCCUUGAUGGCACGUGGGCGACUCGGGACUCAAAAGGGUGUUGUGGGCAGCAGUGACAGCGAGGAUGUAGAGGAACAACAGCUUCACCUACAGGGCUGGCAGGGACAUGACACCAGAUAUAACUUUGAAAACGACCAGGAGUCUGAGACAAGGGAAAGCAGUGAUCUGGAGCAACUGUUAAAAAAAUUUGCUGGCAUCAAGAGUGACAGUGAGGAGAGCACAAACUUUCACACUAUCAGCUGCACUAUUAAUGUAACCGGUAGAGAGCUGGAGGAGGUCGAGAGUUCAGAAUCUGACUAUACUCAGUCACCUGUCGAACCAAAUACUGUCUACUACACACCCAAACAUCACCUGUCUGACAGCUCCACUAAAGGAGAGCACUCCCAGUCACUGAGCUCCGAUGAGGAAUUGGAUGUCACAGUGGAGGUCUGUCAACCCAGCACAACUCCAGCGGAAGAAAAACAGAGCACAGAAAAGAUUCUUGGUGAAAACCAGCCUGCCCAUGACUUAAAGGAGACAGAGCCUGAAUCCAUUACCCCUGUACAAAGUUGUUUGCCGGACAUGGCAGAGAUUGCAGACCUUUCCAGCAUCCCUUGUUCACCCACCCAGCAUCAGGAGUUGGUGGGGCCACCAGGAGCCCUGCCCACCUCACAAAGCAGAGGACAUCCACCUUGCAACAGCACCCCACGCAGCCCAAGAGACCGUAGAACAUACCUCGGAAACGUCCCUCACUUCGAAGGUCUCUUGGAUACUUCACCCUGUGGCUGUGCUCCCUCCAAGAGUCUCUGCACCGAGAGCUACGCCACAGCCAGUUCAGGAGACAGCACCACAACAAAUGUCUCUGCGUCCAGCAUCGUACAGUCUCCAGCAGUCAGAAACUUCUCUAAGGAGAACACUGAGUUCCAUGCAGAGUUCACCACUUCCAGCUCUGGAGAAAGAGAGACCACUGAGAGCAGCCAGGGGAUCAGUGAAGAGAUGGAGUGUCCCACUGGCCCUCCAGGUGAUGCUGGGAUUCAACCAGAGACAGAGGAACAGAGGAAGCGGUCAGAAAAUAACAUCAAGUCCUCAGAUAACCCUGAAACAUAUGACCAGCCUUCAAAUAGAUAUUCUUUGACGAGUUGGGAGGAAGACGGGAACUAUGAUGUGUGGAAUGAAGAAGAGGAAGUUGGUGUGGAGCUGUUAGAUUCUGAACACCAGCUCGACCAACAGUCCUUUGAUGAACAUGAGUGGGACAAGGAAGACAUCUCAGAGGGGAAGGAAGGGUUUGUGAAUGAAACCCCAGUUCCGAUACAUGAUCCGGAUCCAGAUCCCGUCUGGGAUGUGGACAGCAAUGCAAACUCUCAGAAGAGCACUGACAAGAGUUCUGAUUAUACAGAAAGGGCCAACUCCACUCUUGAUGAGGAUCUGCAGAGGAUGCUUUUGGAAAGAGCGGCUGAGCUCAGAAUCUCCAGGAAGCUUGGCCCCAGCUCGCCGUGCAAGGCUCAAGCCGUUGAAAAACAGAGAUACGACAGUCACAUAGAAGUUUGGAAUGCAGAGGUAACUCAUGUCAUGGAGUGACUAAUAGUUCCAUACACUGUACAGAAGCCUGGUUGGAAAAUGGUGUUCUUGUAGAAAGUGUGAAUGAGCUCGAUGAAAAACUUGGGACAGCUGAUCAAGGGGUCCAGAUCCUUGUAUCCUCACAGGUACAAAAGAAGCUUUAAAUAUGUAUUUAACUAUAAUUACAGUGUAAAUCUUUGUAAGCAGGCAUCAACUCAAACUAUUUCAAUUUUGCUGACUAUUCAUUUCUGUAUCAUUAGGGUUCUUCAGCAUGUUCCAUUGAAAAGCCAGAGUUAGUCAAACCACACUUUUAAAGAGAAUAAAGGCUGACUGCAUAUGUUA